AGUCAACCUGUCGUAGAAUCCAGCAAUAGACAGAUCAUAAACACCAAAGGGACCGACGUGCAUUUGAAGAGGUCGACAGCCACAGAUGGCAGUAAUUUAGGGCUUACUACAAACACUAUAUAUCUGUGGCCGUGUGAAUUCCACAGACUGAAGAGGCCAAAUACAUGUAGCAUUGUCAAACAUCUCACAACAGUACCUAUAGUAUCAUCACCUACGAUCAGUUACUGUUAACUGCAUCAUUCAGCCUCCACUCAGGUAGUCAUGGCAUCCUUCGUUGCCAAGCAACUGGUUGGCAACCAACUUAAAUCUGUUAAAGGUGCAAUUGGUGGAGAUGAUAAAAAGGAUGAUGAUGGUGGUGAGGGGGAUGGUGUCGAAGAUCCUGAAAUUGCUGAAGCAAGACGAGAAGCUGAAGAACGUAGAAAAGAGAAACAUCGUAAAAUGGAGGAAGAACGUGAAACCAUGAGACAAGAAAUUAGAGAUAAGUAUGGACUUAAGAAAAAGGAUCCAAAUAACCCAUUCGGCCUUCCGGAAGAAUCGGCAGCUGGCUCUGUUGGCCGUAAAAAGAAAACUCCAGCUGAGCUAGCAGCUGAAGCAGAACUUGCUGAAGAAGAGUCCAUCAUCCCUGCCGGUAUGCGUGAAUACACUGAUAAAGUAAAGGACAUUCCUGGUCAAGUUGCAGCCAAAGCAGGCGAAGUAACAGAAAAAUGUAGUAUUCAAUAGCGUCAAAUCAAGAAUGUAGAAUUUUGUUGCCAUGACUCAAGAUGUUCAUAGCAACUUGUACAAUGAUGCAGUUACACAGAAUGUACUUAAUGAACAAUGUAUUAAGUGGUAUCAUGUACUAGAUAGUUAUAAAUGUACAAUUUCAUCUUUCCUAAUAUUACAUUCUUCAAGAGUUGUGUCUUAUGAUAGAUAACAAAUAACCAAAUAAUUAGUAAAAUGUAUUAUAUACCUUGUUACAAAGGCCGUUGUCAAGUAU